AUGACGCCGCGUGCGGCAAGUGCGAGACGUAUCCAACCGUAUCGCGCUUGGCGCCGACGAGACAGUUCUUCGGUACCAGCAUAUACCGGUCUCUCAUUGGUUCUUAUUUUGCUUCUAUACCACGUGACCAAUCACAGAACGAAUAACAUCACGGAGGGGGUCUAUGAGAAUUUGUCGAUUUACGUGAUUGGUCGGAUUUCAUAUGGGCUUUUCGAAUAUGCCUCCGAAUUUGUGCAACUUUCGCAUUUCGCUAUUUAUCUUGUUGAAUUCUCGAAAACCAUGUACGUUCCGGUAAAAGAAAUUCUCAGCCUUUACACUUCCCAAAUAACGUUAUUAUAUCGCCCACAUCGCGUAGAACGCACCGCCGCGAGCGCCCCGGGGACGACGAUCGAGCCCGGGGGGAUGCGGAUCUCACGGUCCCGCGCGCUUAUCGCGUUAUGCGUCGUGUGUUGCACGCGCAUGCCCGGGGCGGUCGCCGCGCCGUUCGCGGACAAGGACGCGCUCAAGACGGCGGUCAGAAAUUGUUUGGGGAACGUCACAUCGGGGGCCAACUGCUGCUCGACGGACCCGAACUGUGCGAACCCGAGCUCGGCGCGAUGCGGCGCCGCGGGGUGCGACGACAUGCCCAAAUGGGACACGAGCCUCGUGACGGACAUGACGUCCUUGUUCUCCACGUGCAGUGGCCAUUGGUCGUGCGGGGGCGUCGUCUUGGACACGAGCUCAUUCAACGAAAACAUCACCGGGUGGGAUACCUCCAAGGUCACGCACAUGAAUACCACGUUCUGGGACGCUGCCGCGUUUAAUCAAGCCAUCGGCUCGUGGGAUACCUCGCAGGUCACGGACAUGAGGAUGAUGUUCCGUGGCGCCGCCGCGUUCGAUCAAGCCAUCGGCUCCUGGAUUACCUCCAAGGUCACUGACAUGGGGCAAAUGUUCUUCGGCGCCGCCGCGUUCAAUCAAGCCAUCGGCUCGUGGGAUACCUCCAAGGUCACGAACAUGGCGGCAAUGUUUUAUAACGCCGCCGCGUUCAACCAACCCAUCGGCGACUGGAACACCUCGCAGGUCCCGGACAUGUGGUACAUGUUCUAUGGCGCCGCCGCGUUCAAUCAACCCAUCUUCUCGUGGGAUACCUCCAAGGUCACGGGCAUGCGGUACAUGUUCCAAAAUGCCGCCGCGUUCAACCAGCCGAUCGACUCGUGGGAUACCUCGCAGGUCACGGACAUGGGGUCCAUGUUCGAUGGCGCCGCCGCGUUCAAUCAAGCCAUCGGCUCGUGGGAUACCUCCAAGGUCACGUACAUGGACUCCAUGUUCACUGGCGCCACCGCCUGGCAAACGAGGUACGCGAACUGCGGCUACUCCUACUCCCACUCCGCCUGCGGCGAGUUCAUGUCGUACUCGAGCUCGGCAGACUCAACUUCUGGUCCACCCCGCGCGUGGGUUCGCAAAGACAACGCGUGCGACGCCGCCGUGCCUCCUGCCAACGGCGCCGCGGGCACCUGCUCAGACACCCUUGCGAGCGGGUCGUCGUGUCAGCCCGCGUGUGACACGGGAUAUACAUUCUCGGGGACGUCGUCGUCGUGUUUCAAUCGGGUGCUGACGUCUAAUGCUACGUGCUCCCCAAACCCGUGCGAUGCAUCUUCGCCGCCGGCAAACGGCGCCGUCGGCGACUGCACCAGCUCUUUGGCGAGCGGCUCGUCGUGCACCCUCAACUGCGACUCCGGCUACGCCCUGUCCGGCACCAGGUCUUGCAGCGCCGGCACACUUACCGACACAGCAGCUUGCACUGCGAACCCGUGCGAUGCAUCUUCGCCGCCGGCAAACGGCGCCGUCGGCGACUGCACCGGCUCUUUGGCGAGUGGCUCGUCGUGCACCCCCAACUGCGAUUCCGGCUACGCCCUGUCCGGCACCAGGUCUUGCAGCGCCGGCACGCUCACCGACACAGCAGCUUGCACUGCGAACCCUUCCUCACCGGCGAACCCUUCCUCACCGGCAAACUCUUCCUCACCGGCGAACUCCUCCGCAUCUUCGGUCCCGUCUCCUUCACCGCCUCCGCUGCCACCGCCUCCGCCACCGCCUCCUCCAAACCUCGUCCUCGACGCCGUCGACGCGGCACACACGCCGCGUGAUAUCCUCGGCGCACUACUACUCGCGUGCGUGGCCCUUCUUGUGCAAUAA